GCAGCUGCAUCAGCAGGGCCAGCAGCGGCGGCGGCGGCCCCAACCUCAACCCCUCCUCCUCCUCCUCCUCCUUUUCCUUCUCCGCUUGAGCUACCUCCCUUCCCCACUCCCCCCAGAAAGAUGCCCUUAACUCUGGGGCGUGAAGAGGGGAGAGAAGCCGCCUCAGCAGCCGCCUCCGGAGCCACCGCCUCGGUCCUCUGAAUUCGGAAAAGCCCCCAGCCUUCCCUCCCUCGCUCCCUUCCGGCCGGCCGUCUGUCCCUCCGUCUGUCCGCGCGUCAGUCGGGGGCCUUGGGAGCCUCGGAAACGGCCCCGAGGGGACAGGGAAGAGGAGGAGGAGGAGGAAGAAGAAGAAGGGGAGUCGGUGGCCGGCGGUGGCGGCGGGGAGCCCAGAGACCUAAGACCACGACCUCGGCGCUCCUACGGACGGACACACAGACAGCCGGCUUGACUGACAGCCAUGGAGGGGGUUUGUCAGUGGGGUUAGUUAGCCCUCUGCCGUGGGAGCCGGGGGUGGAUCGAUCGCCACCCCCCUCCCUCCUCGCUCUCCCUCCAGCUCCACCAGCCCCCGAGGAGAAGUGGGGGCAGAAAAAUGAAGAGUUUUAUUGGGAACCUCACGGAAAUAGGAAUGACUGCAAAGCCCUAGGGGGGGCGGAAAGACGACUUUGGGAGGAAAGAGACUUGGCUGUGCUCUGUGGAGGGGCUGCUCCAGAGACCUCCACCCUAGCCCCCCACCUCCGCCUCUGAAGAAAUUGGCCACUGAUGCAUUAUCCAAGUGGUGGGGGGAAUUUGCAGCAGGAUUUGGGGUUCCCCCUCCCUCUGGUUACACAUUUUGUUUUCUUCCUACUUUUUUUCUAUCUACCCCCCAAGAAGUGAAUUGCUGAUGCAAAUCGGGCUUUAUUCUUUAAUGAUGCAACGGGAUUAAUUUCAGGAUUAUGUUGCAUGAGUUGAAUUUUGAAUGAAGGAGAAGAAUUUUUUUUUUAAAGAGGUGUUGGCUAUUUGGUUGUUUACUUUAUUAUAAUAAUUAUUUUGUUAUUUAAAUAUAAAAUUAUAUGUAUUCCCCUCUCCCCAAAUGCAGUAAAAUAUAUGUGUAUAUAUAUAUUUUGGGUAACUUUUCCCCAUUAAAAAAUGUGUAUGAGAAAUUGAACAGGCUUCAGCUAAGUGAGGUUGUUAACCGUGUUGGCUUUUAAUUCAGCACCGGGACUGCACUGAGUCAUUUAAAUUACUACUGGUUUCUUUAAAAAAAAAAAAAAGGCCAACAAAAACAACCGUAUGUUUAAAAGUUAGGUUCGAGUCAUUAAAAUACGACUAAUAAUUGAAAGGACGACCAACACAAAUUGAAGCAACCAUGUCUGGAGAGGUGCGUUUGAGGCAGCUGGAGCAGUUUAUUUUGGAUGGGCCAGCUCAGACCAAUGGGCAGUGCUUCAGUGUGGAGACAUUGCUGGAUAUACUCAUCUGCCUUUAUGAUGAAUGUAAUAAUUCCCCACUGAGAAGAGAGAAAAAUAUUGUUGAGUACCUGGAGUGGGCCAAACCAUUCACUUCUAAAGUGAAACAGAUGCGAUUACAUAAAGAAGACUUUGAAAUAUUAAAGGUGAUUGGUAGAGGAGCUUUUGGGGAGGUGGCUGUUGUAAAACUAAAAAAUGCUGAUAAAGUAUUUGCCAUGAAAAUCCUGAAUAAAUGGGAAAUGCUGAAAAGAGCAGAGACAGCAUGUUUUCGAGAAGAGAGAGAUGUCCUAGUAAAUGGUGACAACAAGUGGAUUACAACUUUGCACUAUGCCUUCCAGGAUGACAAUUACUUAUACCUGGUUAUGGAUUACUAUGUUGGUGGGGAUUUGCUUACUCUGCUCAGCAAGUUUGAAGAUAGACUACCUGAGGAUAUGGCCCGAUUUUACUUGGCUGAGAUGGUCAUAGCCAUUGAUUCAGUGCAUCAACUACAUUAUGUGCACAGGGAUAUUAAGCCUGAUAAUAUUCUGAUGGAUGUGAAUGGUCACAUUCGAUUAGCGGAUUUUGGUUCUUGCUUGAAACUCAUGGAAGAUGGAACAGUUCAGUCCUCUGUUGCUGUUGGAACCCCAGACUAUAUCUCUCCAGAAAUUCUUCAAGCCAUGGAAGAUGGAAAAGGAAAGUACGGACCAGAGUGCGACUGGUGGUCUUUGGGUGUGUGCAUGUAUGAAAUGCUCUAUGGAGAAACACCAUUUUAUGCAGAAUCUCUGGUGGAAACAUAUGGAAAAAUCAUGAACCACAAAGAGAGGUUUCAGUUUCCAGUUCAAGUGACCGAUGUGUCUGAAAGUGCUAAAGACCUUAUUCGAAGGCUCAUUUGUAGCAGAGAACACCGACUUGGACAAAAUGGCAUAGAAGACUUUAAAAACCACCCUUUUUUUGCUGGCAUUGACUGGGAUAAUAUUCGGAACUGUGAAGCACCUUAUAUCCCAGAAGUUAGUAGUCCUACAGAUACUUCAAACUUUGAUGUUGAUGAUGAUUGUUUAAAGAAUUCUGAAACAAUGCCCCCUCCAACUCAUACUGCAUUCUCUGGUCACCAUCUGCCAUUUGUUGGUUUUACAUAUACUAGCAGCUGUGUUCUUUCAGAUCGAAGUUGUUUAAGAGUCACAGCUGGACCUCCCUCAAUGGAUGUUGAUGUCAAUAUUCAGCGAACUUUGGAGGACAGCUUAGCAACUGAAGCUUAUGAACGGAGAAUAAGACGUCUUGAACAGGAAAAACUUGAACUUAGUAGAAAGCUUCAAGAAUCAACACAGACAGUCCAGGCUCUGCAGUAUUCAACUGUAGAUGGUCCAUUAACUGCAAACAAAGAUUUAGAAAUAAAAAACUUAAAAGAAGAAAUUGAGAAGUUGAGGAAACAAAUAACAGAUUCUGAUCAUCUAGAACAACGGUUGGAAGAAGCUAGUACUAUGAGACGAGAACUAGAUGAUGCUUCUAGACAAAUCAAGGCUUGUGAGAAACAAAUAAAAAUGCUAAAGCAAGAAAGAGAAGACCUUAAUAAGGAACUAAUUGAGUCUAGCGAGCGAUUAAAAUCCCAAACCAAAGAACUGAAAGAUGCACAUAGCCAGCGGAAACUGGCAAUGCAAGAGUUUUCAGAGAUGAAUGAGCGGCUGACAGACUUGCACUCCCAGAAACAGAAGCUUGCUCGCCAAGUCCGAGAUAAGGAAGAGGAGAUGGAACUGGUGAUGCAAAAGGUUGAAAGCUUAAGGCAAGAACUACGCAAAACAGAAAGAGCCAAAAAAGAGCUGGAAGUCCAUGUAGAAUCUGCUGUAGCAGAGGCAUCUAAGGACAGGAAGCUGCGUGAGCGAAGUGAACAGUAUUCUAAACAGCUGGAAAAUGAAUUAGAGGGAUUAAAGCAAAAACAGAUUGGUCGUUCACCAGGUAUAAGCAGCAUAGAACAUCAACAAGAGAUAACCAAACUAAAGGCUGACUUGGAAAAGAAAAGUAUCUUUUAUGAAGAGGAAUUGUCCAAAAGGAAUGUAAUUCAUGCAAAUGAAAUUAAAAAUCUGAAAAAAGAACUGCGUGAUGCAGAAGGCCAGCAGCUUGCCCUUAAGAAGGAAAUUAUGAUUUUAAAAGACAAAUUAGAAAAGACCAGGAGAGAGAGCCAAAAUGAAAGGGAAGAAUUUGAAAGUGAAUUUAAACAAAAAUAUGAACGAGAAAAGAUCCUGUUGACCGAAGAAAAUAAAAAACUGUCAAAUGAGCUUGAUAAGAUCACUGCUAUGUUUGAGAGAUUAAGUAUAAAUAACCGACAGCUAGAAGAAGAGAUGAGAGAUCUAGCAGAUAAAAAGGAAUCGGUAGCACAUUGGGAAGCCCAAAUCACAGAAAUUAUUCAGUGGGUGAGUGAUGAAAAGGAUGCACGAGGGUAUCUUCAGGCUUUGGCCUCUAAAAUGACAGAGGAACUGGAGGCAUUGAGAAAUUCCAGCCUUGGUACAAGAGCAACAGACAUGCCCUGGAAGAUGCGCCGUUUUGCAAAACUGGAUAUGUCAGCUCGGUUGGAGUUGCAGUCAGCUUUGGAUGCUGAAAUCAAAGCCAAACAGGCCAUCCAAGAAGAGCUUAAUAAAGUUAAAGCAUCUAACAUCUCAACAGAAUGCAAACUACAAGAGUCAGAGAAGAAGAACUUGGAACUGCUAUCAGAAAUUGAAAAACUGAAAAAGGAGACUGAGGAGCUUAAAUCUGAAAAGGGUGUAAAGCACCAAGACUCACAGAAUUCUUUCUUGGCAUUUUUGAAUGCGCCUACCUCUGCUCUGGAUCAAUUUGAAGAUUCCUUUUCUUCUUCCUCAUCUUCACUGAUUGAUUUUUUGGAUGACCGCUCUCCAUCCUGUAUUCCAGCUAGCAAAGGCAGACGUAUUGAUUCAGUUGAGAACUUUACGUUGUCUAACCCUCCUUCACGGGAUGAGGAGGUCAAGUCUCACCUCCAGUCAAGGUCCAGGUCUCCUUCCACAGCUAGUGACAUUGAACCAAUUGAGGUUACAGAACAUCCUCCACGUUCAGCUCACACGCCAACAAUGAGAUCAGCAUAUAUUGGAUCUGGCAUCUCUGCACCUAAGCCAAAGGCCCACCAGUUUGUAGUAAAAUCGUUUAACACUCCUACCAAAUGUAAUCAGUGCACAUCUCUGAUGGUUGGUUUGAUAAGACAGGGCUGUGCUUGUGAAGUAUGUGGAUUUUCAUGUCAUGUUACUUGUGCGGACAAAGCUCCAGCCUUUUGCCCAAUUCCUCCUGAACAAACAAAAGCCCCACUGGGAAUAGACCCCCAAAAAGGAGUUGGAACAGCAUAUGAAGGCCAUGUUAGGGUUCCCAAACCAGCUGGAGUGAAGAAAGGUUGGCAGAGAGCAUUGGCUGUGGUGUGUGACUUCAAACUCUUCCUAUAUGAUAUAGCUGAAGGAAAAGCAUCCCAGCCCAGUGUGGUAGUCAGUCAAGUGAUUGAUAUGAGGGAUGAAGAAUUUUCUGUGAGUUCAGUUUUGGCUUCUGAUGUUAUUCAUGCAAGCCGAAAGGAUAUCCCCUGUAUCUUUAGGGUAACAGCUUCUCAGCUUUCAGCAUCAAGUAACAAAUGUUCAGUCCUGAUGUUAGCAGAUAGUGAGAAUGAGAAGAGCAAAUGGGUGUGCUUACUGAAUGAACUGCACAGGAUUUUGAAGAAGAAUAAACUUAAAGACCGUUCAGUCUACAGCCCUAAAGAGGCCUAUGACAGCACUCUCCCUCUCAUUAAAACAACCCAAGCAGCGGCCAUUAUAGAUCAUGAAAGGAUAGCUCUGGGAAAUGAAGAAGGGUUAUUUGUUGUGCAUGUCACAAAAGAUGAGAUUAUUCGUGUUGGUGAUAAUAAGAAGGUUCAUCAGAUUGAACUCAUCCCAAAUGAACAGCUCAUUGCUGUGAUCUCAGGACGAAACCGCCAUGUGCGACUUUUCCCUAUGUCAGCUUUGGAUGGACGAGAGACUGAAUUUUUUAAGUUGGCAGAGACUAAAGGUUGCCAAACAAUAGCUUCUGGACAAGUGCGCCAUGGAGCUCUUACAUGCCUAUGUGUAGCUAUGAAAAGGCAGGUCCUCUGUUAUGAACUAAAUCAAAGCAAGACCCGUCACAAAAAGAUGAAGGAGAUUCAAGUCCUGGGUAAUGUCCAAUGGAUGUCAGUCUUCAGUGAACGACUCUGUGUGGGAUUUCAGUCAGGAUUCCUCAGAUAUCCUCUGCCUGGAGAAGGAAAUCCACACAGCUUGCUCCAUCCAGAUGACCAUACACUGUCAUUUGUUGCACAACAGCCAACUGAUGCAAUCUGCGCAGUCGAGAUCUCCAAUAAAGAGUAUCUGCUGUGUUUUAGCAGCGUUGGAAUAUAUAUUGACUGCCAGGGCAGAAGAUCAAGACAACAAGAACUGAUGUGGCCUGCAGUACCAUCCUCUUGCUGUUACAAUGCACCAUACCUCUCAGUGUACAGUGAAAAUGCAGUUGAUAUAUUUGAUGUCAAUUCCAUGGAAUGGAUUCAGACAAUUCCCCUCAAGAAGGUGCGACCUUUGAACACAGAAGGAUCAUUAAACCUUUUAGGGUUGGAGACAAUUAGAUUAAUAUAUUUCAAAAAUAAGAUGGCAGAAGGGGAUGAGCUGGUAGUCCCUGAAACAUCAGAUAAUAGCCGGAAACAAAUGGUUCGAAACAUCAAUAAUAAACGGCGUUAUUCCUUCCGAGUCCCAGAAGAGGAAAGGAUGCAACAGAGGAGGGAGAUGCUACGAGAUCCAGAAAUGAGAAAUAAAUUAAUUUCUAACCCAACUAAUUUUAACCACAUAGCACACAUGGGUCCAGGAGAUGGAAUACAAAUUCUGAAAGACUUGCCCAUGCCGGGUUUCCCUCAUUCAUCCCCUCAUCAUCACUCCAGCCUGAUCUCCUCUCCGAUCAACUUUGAGCACGUCUAUCACAUGACUGUUAAUUCUGCUGAAAAAUUCCUCUCUCCUGAUUCCAUAAACCCUGAAUAUUCCCCGUCUCUGCGUUCUGUCCCUGGUACACCAAGCUUUAUGACUCUAAGGAACCUCAGGCCUCAAGAAAGUCGGACAGUGUUCAGUGGCUCUGUUAGUAUUCCAUCCAUCACCAAAUCACGCCCUGAACCAGGACGUUCCAUGAGUGCUAGCAGUGGGCUGGCAGCAAGGUCAUCUUCACAAAAUGGUAGCGCAUUAAGAAGAGAAUUCUCGGGAGGAAGCUAUGGGACAAAACGGCAACCUAUGACCUCUCCCUCAGAUGGUUCAUUGUCCUCUGGAGGUAUGGACCAAGGAAGUGAUGUACCAGCAAGGGACUAUGACCGAGAGGACUCUGAUUCUCCAAGGCAUUCUACAGCUUCCAACAGCUCCAACCUCAGCAGUCCUCCCAGCCCCAUUUCUCCUCACAAGACCAAGAGCCUCUCUCUGGAGAGCACUGACCACGUGAGUUGGGACACAUGAACUGCUUCAGCAUUCAGAUCAGACAUCACAACGGCUUUUUAUCCCACGGCUCCCCUUCACUCACCCUAUUCUCUUGCUUUCAUCUCUUCCCUUCACUUCUACCUGAAAAGUAUCUGGGGGCUGGAAACAGAAGGUAUGUGGGAGUAGGAAUGAAGAGGUUUACCUUCUGAUAUGAUUCAAAGGUGAAUGUUGCCCCCAGAUUUAACAGCAGCAGCAAAAAAAGGGCCAACUCUUGUCAAAUAGCUGCCACAGACUUCUAUUUGUAUUGAUUUCAUUUCAUACAAUUACAGCUGCUUUCAUUAUCUUUCACUCCCUCCAAAAAAGGUAGUAUAAGUAGACCAAGAUAACUAAAAAUGAAUAAGAUUUAAAUGAGCACUAGAGUUUCAUACUGUAAGAUAGCACAGUGAACCCAUGACUUUGUGGGGAGAAUCAGUACAUCAAAGAGCAUCGUAGAGCUUUCAUUCAGCCACCACAAUUGAAUGUUAAUCUGAUUGUUACCAGUGAAUCCUUAUUAAUUAAAACAAUGCAUAUUUUACUACAAUACAGAGUUUAAAUACACAGAUUUAAGAGUUAAAUACUGAUUGUAUAUAUUAAGAGAGAAGCAUCGUGUAUUCAGUAAAAGAUGGAUGCAUAUUUAAGAGAAAGAAAUCCUUUAAUUUAAAAGAAUUGUGUUGUUUCCAUAUGUUUUCAUGCUAAAUAAUUUUAAAUAUUGAAAAGACCAGUUGAUGUUUGUUGAGAGAGACAGCUAGAGAAAGCAACAUUCCCUUCGGAAGAUGCUAUUGAGCACAGAUUAUUAGAAGAGCAGUUUAAUUUCUCUUGUCAUCAGAGACAUAUCUUUCCUAUUUUCCAUAGUAGAAUUAAAGCCAUAAUCUUCAUUUUAAAGAUUACUCUUCCUAUCUCUUACAAAUAAUUGACGAGAUAAGAUUUCUUGCCACCCUCUCAACUCCUCCAUCCCAAAGCCUAUAGGCAGAGUUAUAUUUUCCAAAGGGUUGGGUCUCCCUAAGGAUCACAAAAGUGUUUGGUUUUUUUUUUUUUUCCUGAGAUACACUAUACCUCCCCAGGCUAUUGUAAUGACAUUACUGCAGUCUAGAGCAGGAGACAGUUUCUCUAGAAGGAGCUCAUUUUACCUUGAAGGGGAAUGAUCCUUCCUCUAAUUGGCCUGAAAAUAGUUUACCAAAUAGCUAAAACCUCAGUCAGCCAAAUGCAUGCAUUGUGAGCAGCCUCAACCAAAUAUUUUCUUAGUUUCACCUGAGGAUAAUUGUUUAAAGGUUUGACACAAACGAUGUUCAUGUUUAGUCAGUUAAUCAACGCAGAAUUGUCAGUUCUGCCAAGAUUUCUCCCAAGAUACCAAGCAGAUUUCUUGCUUGGUUGGGUUGGUUAUGUUGUGGGUUGCAUUUUUAUUUUCUUCUCUGCUGUUUGGGGAUACCACAGGAAAGUCAACUGAGGACAAACAAACUCUAUUUUUCUCACAGUCCAGGUUAAUCUGGAGUUCUUGUACUUUUGUCACAAGAUGGAGGUCUGAAGCCAUUUCCCCCAUCAAAUAACAACAGUAGAGAAGGGAGGGAGGAGGAAAAGAGAAAUCAGCCUCUUGGAUUCUACUUAUGUGAGCAUCACUAAAAGUUAGAAAUCUACAAAAUUUGCUCUCCUGUCUGGGACACUAAUGUUUUAAAAUAAUUUUUCCUGCAUUAAAAUAAUGUUUCUCCUACAUCAUAAAUUUAAAUCCCAGCAUUUGUGUUGUAUUUUUUGACCACUGACCACCACACAUUCAUUCUACAUUCCUGUGGUAACAGCAGUGUCCAUUUUUAUUAGUCUGUCCAAGUUUGCACUCCACUGAGGAAAAGCCUGCAGAGCUUUUUACAGGGAGAGGGAUUGCAUUAGAGUUAUUUUAUAGACAUACAAAAAAAGAGAAUAAAAGAAAAAGUACAGUUAAUGCCAUUAGACAUGCUUGGAGUCUAUGCCUAUUCUAAAAUUAUUUUCUUUUGUCAUGGGCACACUUGUUCCAAAGUACUAGUCACCUCCAAGUUAUUUUGCUUUUGGAAAAAUAUAUAAACUUUUUGCUUUUUAAGUCAUUUAAUAGGGGCAGUUAGGUGGUGCAGUGGAUAAAGCAUGGCCCUGGAUUCAGAAGGUUAAGGCAUUUAAUAUACCAUCGAUACCGUUUGGCUUGUUUAUGUUACCUCAUCGGUACCUUAUGUUUUAUUGUCAUUUGAAUCUACAUUUUCCCAAAUGUGACAUUUAGUGUUAGAAAUGAUAGAAAACCAGUUUUUAGUGUCCUUGCCCACCUUCGUCGCUAGCGUGUUAUGAGGAAGACAAAACAGACAAAAGGACAGAAGCCCCCAAGGAGCACCUUAUUUUCAGUCUUGUCUGUUCUUCUGCUUGAGCUCUUCUUAGGGAUUUCCUUUCCCUAAGGAUAUCUCAUAACAUGCCAGUGAGCUCUUUAGAACUGGGCUAGCUUCUGGACUCAGACCACUUAUAGACAGGACCAUUGCUAUGGCCAGAAAGUGAGCCUACUGAAGGACUGGGCUCCAUUUCAAAUGGAUCACUGCCUCAGACCUUCCAAAGAGGAGAAAUGAGCAGGACAAACCCCAGAGCCUGUACAGAGAGCUCUGACUCACAGCAUGUCCCACUUGCCCUAUACCAAGGCUAUCAGUGGAGUAGUCUCCCAAUUAUGUUUUUUAAUGAAGAGUUGGUUGUAAUAGGGUAAUUUCAAGAGGAAAUUGUUUGCAAUCCCCUCUCCCCCCCCCAAAAAAAACCUCAUUUUUUGGCAAGGAGAGGAGACUUUUCCUCGGUUGAUAUUGGUGGCAUUUGUACUGGGUCUGUGUUUUAUUAUCACACUACCCUCAAAUGCAUGUUCAGGAUCUGCUGAUUUUUGGGUACCUACCCAAAAAUCCACUAAAGAAUCUCUGGGGAAAAAAGGAUCCAAAGAAAGAAAAAGAAACUUGUUGCGAUUAGAGGAGCCACUGGACAUGGCACAGGAUUGAAAAGCUGCUUCCCGCCUCUUCUUAGUAGCACACACAGGAUUCCCUCAUUCAUCGUGGGUGGUUUGAGUACACGUAGAAGGAAUUAAUUUCUCUUCUGGAUAGAAAGGAAAGCUGUGUCUUAAAGAGGUUUUCCCAGCAUCCAUCGCUGAGUGCUGGGAGCUGCAGAGCUGUGGUUCUAGUGCUAGGGGCACCUUCACAGCUUAAGCUAUGAACCUGCCUGCUAUGUUAUCUGCCCUUGGAUCUUGAGGAAUUUCAUCAUGUGCUUUUAAUGUACACAGCAUAUGGACAACUUUUGCCCAAACCGAAAACCUCAGAGGUUGCUAAAGUUGCAUUUGUCUAAUUAUUUCAAAAUCCAGCUAUUGCCAGUGAUUUGGGCACUUUCUUUUGGAACAUAGCUUUAGAGUCAUAAAUUAUAACUGCUGUCAUUUGUCCAUUUGGCUUCCCAAGAAAUUCACAGUUUCCACACUUAAGUAACGGAGUUUGAAAUCUCUGUUCUUAUUAUGCACAUCCCCAAAGCCCCUGAAUCUAAAACAGUUUGUAACAACAGUUUGUCAUCAUUCUUAAGUGGCCUUUCAGCCCUCCUCUGCCUUUCUUGUGGUCAGAAAUUUAUCUUAUCACUUAAUGACUGCAUAUUACUGAAUCAUGUAUCUGAGAAAGAGAUUUUGAGCCUGAUGGAGCCAUGACUGAUUGAAUUUAUAUUGAACUCUCAGGCAUUGUCUAUGAAUUGAGGGGGCAAUGAGAGCAACUUUCCCUGACUCCAGCAGGAAAAUACUUAAAGCUGUAACUGAGCUGGAUUCAGUGGCCUUAGUAAUCAUCAAAAAUACUCUGGUUUUGAAGCCAGAGUGUGUUUGGAUAACAUAUUUUAUGUCAGUUCUCCACAUGGAGAAGCAAGAUGUUGAAAAGUCAGGUCAGCUUGAAUUUUUAUGUCUAGGAACUUCUAAUAGGCCAGACUUUAUAAGUAACAAUGGUGGCCAAAAUACAUGGGAGAGAAUCAGGCAUUUCUCUCACUCUUUUCUGUUCCUCCUCUCCUCCUGCCUCCCAUUUCAGUCUUCUCUGGACUAUAUAAAGAAGUGUUUGACAUUUCAUUUCACCCAUUCUAAAACAACAUUCCCUGCUGUGAUUUCAGCAACUUAAUCCAGGCCAAAAUUCUUAGAAUAAUCCUGCUUGAUAAGAUGAUGGAUGGGGGGGGUGGGGGGUGGAAUGUGCUUAUACAGUUCAGCAGGCCCAGGACUCCCAAACAAUAUUGCUGCCAUAAAUGUUUUGUUUUCCAUUUCUCUGGCAUUCCAUCAGGGAAUCUCUGACUCUUCUCUUCCUUUCCAUCCACAUUUGAAAAUAUGAAACAAAAAUAAAAAUAAACCUUCUGUUACGUGUAAGAAACAGCCUCAGUUGUGGGGAAGAAUUUGAUAAAGACACAAACCAUUCUUGAUAUUUCAACGGGGGGAAAAAAUGACCUGCCUUUUUUAUGUCUGACAGUUUCAUAUCAUUUAUUUUUAAAAAAAAUAUUUUUAGGGUUUUUUUCAUUGUAAUAUUAUUGUACAGUUUUGCAUGACCUAGAUGUAAUCACUUUUUUGUUUAGAGUAUAAAAAGCUGACAAGUCUGUGUGGAGGGGGAAAAGAUACUGCUUUGGCCUCUUAUCAUUUUUUAUUUUAUUUUGUUUGGAUUGAUGCCCUUGAUGUUGUAGGGGACUUUGUAAGAGAUUCUCUGCUACCAAACAAUGAUGUGGAUUCUUUUGCACAGAAAUAUUUAAGGUGGGACAGUCCGAAAUGUAAUGAAUGACUUCCUCACCAAUACUUUAUGUUGGUGACACACUUAAUAUUAACCUGACUUUGAUGUAUUGCAAUAAAACAGGGAACUGUUAGAAAUGUGGGUGUUUUGUCUUUUUUCCCCUCAUAUAAAAAAGACGAGUAAUGGAGAAAGGAGAAGGGACAGAUCAUAUUAUCAUCUUUUUACCUGGUGCUAUAGGGGUUAGAGUGCCAGGAAUGGAGUCAGAAAGAUCUGAGUUCAAAUCUAGCCUCAAACACUAGCUAUGAUCUUAGACAAGUCAUUUCACCCAUUUGCCUC